AUGCCGCCCACCAAGUCAAAGUCAAAGUACUCACGAACAGACCCGAGUGUCAUUGCCUCAUCGGUCUUCGAGGUCGACACCAGCGGCUCAGCUGCCAUCCGACACUCCGUCCUCCAUGGCGCAUUUGCUUCGAGGGCUCGCAAGGGUGUCCAACGCACCUUACGAGUCGACCAGAUCCUCAGCGAGACGGCUAGUCAUGGACCUCCGCCUGUUGCCGGUCGAGUUCGUGGUGCUACUCGUGACGUGGCUAAGGCGAAGUUCCUGACGGCAACUGAGAAGAAGCGGCUCGAGCAGAUGGUCAUCCGAAGGAAACACGAUAGCGGAAUCAACAGCAUCGAUCCCGUCAAGCGUAAUGGCACGGCUGUUGCCGUCAAACCGCCUCAAGCCCCUGAGCAAGAUAUCUGGACUGCCCCUCCUUCAAAGCCUACCACCCCUACCAUCACUACCAAGACCGUAACCCCCAUCAAGCCCCCAUCUAGUCUCAAGCCCAACGAAACCUUAACCGAAGUCGUUAACUCCGUCCCUGCCUCCGGCCUAAUGCCUAUCCCCCUCCCCCAUCCUGGCCAGAGUUAUAACCCGGCUUUGAGCGACCACCAAGCCAUCCUUCGACAGACGCUGGAAAAACUCGAAGAAGAACAGCAGGAAGUUGACCGAGCCUUAGAAGUCAAGCAGCGUGUCAACAAGGGACUGAAACUCACUCAGGCCAAAUCCCCCUGGGAGAUCUGUGAGGAAGCUGUUGGCGAUGGCGAAUCUGAUGGCGAACAGCCUAACCCUGCCGAAGGCUCGUCUCCCAAAGCCACCAAGAAGAAAAUACCAAAAAAGAAAACUAAGGCUCAACGUCGAAGACAGGAAAAGGAACGAGAGCUGAUGCGAAUGCACAUUCUACGGAAAGAGGCUAAACGAGUGGCGCAUACGUUACACGAGCUACCGAAGUUAGUCCGAGGCUUGACUGUGGCCGAACGAGAAGCUCGACAGGCCAGGAUGGAACGGAAAGCUAAGCGGGCGGCUCUGGUGGCCGAGUACGGACUACGGGCGGUGCGAGGAGGGAAGCCGAAAGGACUGCAGUCGGUCGAGGACCGUCACGAGUAUCAGCUCACCGAGGACCUUACCGAAUCCGGACUCAGAGGGCUCAAACCCGAGGGCAACCUUUGGAGAGACUGGGCUCAAUCUAAUACUCGAAGAGGCAAACUCGACUCAAGACCUAAGAUUGGCUUGGUUAAAGGCCAACGGUUCCAGAAGGGUCGAAUGUUUAAAGAGGUCGAAAAACACGCGUGGAAAAACUUCGAAGCCUGA